CGUGCCGCCUCUGGUCUGCCGAAACCAACGAAGAAGAAGAAGAAGCCUGAUCAUGCGAACACUUCCAGAAUGGGUACCCAAGUGAAAGAUGUCAUCAUUAAGCCUGACGCUCCCAGCACUCUGCUGCUGGACAAACAUGCAGACUACAUCGCUGCCUACGGCUCCAAAAAGGAUGACUAUGAGUACACGCUGUCCGAGUACCUGAGGAUGAGCGGCAUCUACUGGGGGCUGACUGUGAUGGACCUGAUGGGGCAGCUGCCCCGGAUGAACCGGCAGGAGAUCAUAGACUUCAUCAAAGCCUGUCAGCACGAGUGUGGAGGCGUCAGCGCCAGCAUCGGACACGACCCCCACCUGCUGUACACCCUCAGUGCCGUCCAGAUCCUUUGCUUGUAUGAUAAUGUGGAUGCGCUUGAUGUGGACAAAGUGGUGGAGUACAUUAAAGGGCUGCAGCAGGAAGAUGGCUCAUUUGCAGGGGACAAAUGGGGAGAAAUAGACACAAGAUUUUCCUUCUGUGCUGUUGCUACGCUUGCACUACUGGGCAAGAUGGACUCAAUAAACGUCGACAAAGCGGUCGAGUUUGUCUUGUCCUGUAUGAACUUUGACGGAGGUUUUGGCUGCAGACCUGGUUCAGAGUCUCAUGCUGGUCAGAUAUACUGCUGCUCUGGCUUCCUGUCGCUCACCGGUCAGCUGCACCAGGUGAACGCUGACCUGCUGGGCUGGUGGCUCUGCGAGAGGCAGCUGCCGUCCGGAGGCCUCAAUGGACGACCGGAGAAGCUUCCAGAUGUGUGCUACUCGUGGUGGGUUUUAGCAUCGCUGAAAAUCAUUGGUAGGAUCCACUGGGUCGACAAGGCCAAGCUGCGAUCCUUUAUUCUAGCUUGUCAAGAUGAGGAGACCGGAGGUUUUGCCGACAGACCGGGGGACAUGGUGGAUCCUUUCCACACUCUGUUCGGAGUGGCAGGGCUCUCCCUCCUCGGAGACGAACAGAUCAAGCCAGUUAAUCCCGUCCUCUGCAUGCCCGAGGAUGUCCUUCAGAGGAUCGACCUGCAGCCUGACCUCCUCAGCUAGCCCUCUGUCAUCACCAUCACCACCCCACACACACACACACACACACACACACACACACACACACACACACACACACACACACACUCUCAUACACAGCUGCCCUGCUGAACAACCCCACUACCACGGCUGGAUGUCGGGAGCAGAGAGAGGAGCGCCACACAUCUUAGUGUUAGCUGAAGUCUACGGACACAUUCCAGAUGCAGGAUUUGGUCUGUGCUCACUAAGGACAAAAGGAGUCGGGCACAGUUCUGACUCGGUUCCUCCGAGUCUGUCUUUACACCCUCAGCCACUCGUUAUGUUAUCACGUCACUUUUGUUGGUUUUACUGCAAGAGAUGUUUUGAAGUGCGACCUUCUUUACAAAACCCUGAAAUUCAUUAGACAACAUUACUUAGCCUUUUGACUUACUCACCGUGUCCAUGACUGUUUGCAAACUGUUUUGUAAGUCUUUAUGGCUCUUAUCAGAUAGGUGGGAUUUUUUUUAAUUGUACAAUUGGACAAGCAUGAGCAUGUUUGCUCUGUGAUUUCAAUGUUUUUGGGGCCUAAGACACUUGACUGGUUUUAAGACACCACAUCUUUUGUUUUUUUUCGUUUUUGUUGGCGAGUUUUGCCUUUUUCACGCACCGACUGUUUCAAAUAGAAUAACUUCCCUGUUUGAAAAGUGAGUGAAGGGCGAGCUUUCCUCGUCCUGUUUAAACUAGAGCCAUCGUACCACUGUGCUAAAGGGUUAGAACUGGAGAUGCAACACAUGACUUGUUGCAAACAAAGAUAGUUUUGUUAAAAUGACUUCAGUUUACAGUCGAGGCAGAAAAUGUUUUUAGCAGGAAUUGGUUUACGGGGCGGUGUUUUUGUUUGUGAGACCCAGAUGUUAAACACAUGGGGGCAUCGUCGUCUCUGGUCAAGUAUAUUUAACGCCUUAUCCACAGUCUCAGCUACACUAUUUAUUUAAAUCCCUGUUACUCAGCUGUGUUUUGUUACGCAGCUGUGGGCAAAGGGUUUAGAU